GGGAGGGAGGGAGGAAGGGAGUGGGGAGGCUAGCGCGUGCCCGCCAGCUCAGCGCCACUUCCGCUUCUCUGCUCCCGUGGGUUACUAGGGGCGACCGUGGCCCGGCCGGGGCUUGGUGCCCCCCGGCGCCCCCGCCGGCCUCCACGGCCUAGCGGCUAUAUCCUCUCGCCGCCGCGCAUCCUUGCCCAAUCAGGGCAGAAGCUGGCGCGAUGGCGGCGGCAGCUCCGCGGCCCGAAGUCGAGGAGGCCGCUGAGCCCCCUUGGACGCUGCUGAGCCGGCAGACGGAUGGAGAGGUCACGGCCAAGGCCCCGCUGGCCCCGCCGGGCCUGGCCGGGGGCAAGCACCGCGGUAUCUGCUCUCGCUCCUACUUCCUGGUGCUGAUGGUGUUCGUGCACCUCUACCUGGGCAACGUGCUAGCGCUGCUCUUCUUCGUGCACUACAGCAACGGUGACUCGUCCGGGCCAGGGCCGGCAGCUGGCCAAGAGGUAUCCCCAGACCCAGGACCCGCGGCUCCCGCCCCCGCCCCACGGGCCCCAGCUGCCCCUCCAACCCCUGCUCUCUUCGGAGCGCCCCUCACCCGGCUAGAGGGCAUCAAGGUUGGCUACAAACAGAAGGUGGAGCUGAUCCCCAACAAAAUACAUGAUGUGAAGACCCUCAGCUUGAAGCCUCUUCUCUUUGAAAUUCCCAAUUUUCUGAGUGAGGAAGAGUGUAAACUGAUUAUCCACCUGGCCCAGCUGAAAGGGCUGCAGAAGAGCCAGACACUUCCCACCGAUGACUAUGAGGAAGCCAUGGAAAUGAUCGAUGUCAGCCCCAUGGACAUCUUCAAUCUGCUGGACCAUAACCAGGAUGGGCAGCUGCAGCUCAAGGAGGUGUUGACCCAUACCCGUUUGGGGAAUGGGAAGUGGAUGACACCUGAGAACAUCCGGGAGAUGUACAGUGCAGUCAAGGCCGAUCCUGAUGGUGAUGGUGUGCUAAGUUUGGAGGAGUUUAAGCAGCUAAACCUCAGGGACUUCCACAAGUACAUGGGGAGUCAGAAGGUGAAGGUGAGCGACCUGGUACGCAAUAGCCAGCACACCUGGCUGUACCAGGGCGAGGGCGCCCAUCAGGUCAUGAGAUCCAUCCGGCAGAGGGUGCUCCGCCUCACUCGUCUGCCCAGAGAGAUUGUGGAGCACAGUGAACCCAUGCAAGUGGUCCGGUAUGACCAGGGUGGGCACUACCAUGCUCACAUGGACAGUGGGCCUGUGUUUCCAGAAACAGCUUGCAGCCAUACAAAACUCAUCACUAAUGAAUCGUCCGCCUUUGAGACUUCCUGUCGCUAUGUGACUGUGCUGUUUUACCUGAACAAUGUCACAGGUGGUGGGGAGACAACUUUCCCAGUGGCAGAUAACAGGACCUAUGAUGAGCUGUCCCUGAUCCAGAAUGACAUUGAUCUCCGAGAUACCCGGAAACAUUGUGACAAGGGGAACCUGAGAGUGAAGCCUCAGCAAGGCACCGCUGUCUUCUGGUACAACUACCUGUCUGAUGGGCAAGGUUGGGUAGGAGAACUGGACGAAUAUUCAUUGCAUGGUGGCUGUCUGGUCACUCAGGGAACCAAAUGGAUUGCUAACAACUGGAUCAAUGUAGACCCCAGCAAGAGUCGACAGAUCCAUUUCCAUCAAGAGAUGGCUCGUUAUGCCCAAGAGGAACUUGAGGCCCAAACUGAGUGGACAGUGGACAAGUCCUACAAGAAUGUGCAUGUAGAACUCUGAGGGUGGGGUUGGAAUCAGAGAUAGCAGCAGCCAGACUUGGAGCAACCUCUUCAGUGACAGUCACAGGAACGUUGGUAUACUGUUUGCUUUCACUGGAAGCUGAUAGUUCUUUGCCUUUUCUGCCAGGAAGACCCCCAGAUUGGGGUGUCUGACCUUCCCCUCAUUCAAGAGGCUAUAAGAUGAUAUCUGAGAUAUUAGAUUCAGGGUGGUCAGAAUAUUGAAUUAGCAAGAAAGUGUGGCAUAAUUACAUCAGGCAACCAUGAGCACCCAGAAAGAGCUCUGCUGCUCUAUGUCCAUGGAAUUUCCCUAGGAAAAAUGACCUAGAAGGAUUUUCAAAGCAAGAAGGAAUUUAGUUGGAGCCCAAUUUUCCUCCAGUAAUUACUACUUUCCCCAUACAAGCCCAGGCUAUAGCUAAGGAGGUUUAUUUUGAGGACAGGUGGUCUCCUGGUGGAAGAAAGGGUUUAAAGUCAGAUUUCACUUUCACACUGUGUAGUUGAGAAUUUGAGUCCUUACACUAUUUGUAGAAAUGUCACUGUCACCAGGAAAAAAAGCUGAUUUGGUGCUUAAGAAUUCCAGAGGGUUUGGGGAGGUGUGGGUAGGAGAACACUGGCUAAUUCCCAACUUUCUCUGGGAACUUGGAUCCCUGAGGUGAAAUCCUCCUUUUUUGUUUUUGUUGUUACACCAUCCUGACAAUGACCAUGGUGGGUGUUUAAGUCUUCCCACUGUAAGGAAUACUGUAGCCUUCAAAGCUUCAUGCCUCUGAUUCAUAGGCCAGACUUCCUAGUGCUCAGGUUUUAACCUUGGACAGAGCUCAUGUAGAAAAGAAAUAAUCACAUGAAAGCUGAGCAGGAUUGUAGAGAUCAGCUCAUCUGGCCCCCUCAUUUUGAAGAAGAGGAACUGAGACCUAGAAAGAAGUGACUUGCCAAAGGUCACACUGCGUUGAUGACAGAGCCAGGACUAGAACCCUUGCCAGCAGCAGGGUGAGGGAUGAUACCAUAUAUGGGCACAUAGCAAUGGUUUCUUCUCAGGGGAGAAUAGGUUUUAAUCAUGCUGAAGUAUUAAAUUAUUGGGGUAAAAGGGAAAUUUAAAGUGCAAUAGUAACAAUUUUACAGAAUGGUGAAGUGAUUUUUUUUCCAUUUAAAGUUGUGUGUUCUUUGUGAGCAGUGGGUAACUGAUAUGCUAGAUCCUGGGGGCUCUUCUUGAAGAGCAGCUGCCUAUUUGCAACCUUAGAGGCAUUUGCCAUAUACUAGAGGAGUCAGAAAAUGUCUGCAUCCCUUCUGAAAUGGGAACACUCACUGCCCUUUCUGGUUCCUGGCCCUGUCUUUGUUAUCUCUGCUCACAGUAUCAUACAUCUGCAACUGGUGACUUGUGUACAACCAUGCCGCAUCCACUGAUAUAUGCAAAUGCUCCUGCAGCUACUGGGGUUCAUCCUGGUGUAUGAGUGUAUUCUUCCCCCCCCCCCUUCUCUUUCACACCCCUACCACAUUACAGAUCCCUUAGAACAAAACCAAA